GGACCACCAGCCUAUUAAGGCAUUAUUCUUGGGAGAUGGAGACCCAUAUUUCCUCUCCUUUAUUACUACCUCAGUAUUUCCUGCUAAGUUCAGGAAGGGCUGUCAGUGCCCUUCCUAUGACUAUUCCCAUGUUCCUGAUGCCUACUCUCCCUCCCUACCUCCCACCCAUUAUCUGCACUGUCCUCUCCAGUCUGCCUGGGCCGCAGCCCAGUGUCCUGCCUGGCCAGCCUCCCCGGCUCCCCCUCUGCAGUGCUGAGCCGGCUCCACCCCUACCCCCCCUCUCUUCAGGCCCUGAUCCGCUGUAGCUCAGAGGUUGGGUGCCCCGGCUCAGGCCCCAGGGGCCGAGGACAGACCUGACACAUUAGCACCCACAGAGGCCCCUCUCCAGCUGGGCAGAGGAACCCCCAGUGCAGGGCAUGGGGGUGGGCGGCCCCCCCAGGUUUGGGGCGCCCGCCCCCCGCUAGGCCAAGCAGAGGGGGUCUCCCCACCCAAUGGGCCUGGCCAGGGCCCUGCGCCGCCUGAGCGGCGCGCUGGAGUCAGGAAACAGCCGAGCUGGUGAUGAGGAGGAGGCGGGGGCCGGGCUGUGUCGCAAUGGGUGGGCGCCUGGGCCGGCAGCCGGGAGCCGGCGCCGCGGGCGCUUCGUCAAAAAAGAUGGGCACUGCAAUGUGCGCUUCGUGAACCUGGGUGGCCAGGGCGCGCGCUACCUGAGCGACUUGUUCACCACAUGUGUGGAUGUUCGCUGGCGCUGGAUGUGCCUGCUCUUCUCCUGUUCCUUCCUCGCCUCCUGGCUGCUCUUCGGCCUGACCUUCUGGCUCAUCGCCUCCUUGCACGGUGACCUAGCUGCCCCGCCGCCACCGGCACCCUGUUUCUCGCAGGUGGCCAGCUUCCUGGCUGCUUUCCUCUUCGCGCUGGAGACACAGACGUCCAUAGGCUACGGUGUGCGCAGCGUCACCGAGGAGUGCCCGGCCGCUGUGGCCGCUGUGGUGCUGCAGUGCAUCGCAGGCUGUGUGCUCGACGCCUUCGUCGUAGGUGCAGUCAUGGCCAAGAUGGCCAAGCCCAAGAAACGCAACGAGACCCUGGUCUUCAGCGAGAACGCAGUGGUGGCUCUGCGGGACCACCGGCUCUGCCUGAUGUGGCGGGUGGGCAACCUGCGUCGCAGCCACCUGGUGGAAGCUCACGUGCGGGCGCAGCUGCUGCAGCCCCGUGUGACCCCAGAGGGGGAGUAUAUUCCACUGGACCACCAGGAUGUGGAUGUCGGCUUUGAUGGAGGCACUGAUCGCAUCUUCCUGGUAUCCCCCAUUACCAUCGUGCAUGAGAUUGACUCCGCCAGCCCACUGUAUGAGCUGGGGCGGGCUGAGCUGGCCCAGGCUGACUUUGAGCUGGUAGUCAUUCUUGAAGGUAUGGUUGAGGCCACAGCCAUGACUACACAGUGCCGCUCAUCUUACCUCCCAGGUGAGCUGCUCUGGGGCCAUCGCUUCGAGCCGGUCCUCUUCCAGCGUGGCUCCCAGUAUGAGGUUGACUAUCGCCACUUCCAUCGAACGUAUGAGGUCCCAGGGACACCAGUAUGCAGUGCCAAGGAGCUGGAUGAACGGGCAGAGCAGGCUUCCCACAGCCCUAAGUCAAGCUUUCCUGGCUCCCUCACUGCAUUUUGUUAUGAAAAUGAACUUGCUCUGAGCUGCUGCCAGGAGGAAGAUGAAGAUGAGGACACUAAAGAGGGGACUUCAGUAGAGACCCCAGAUAAGGCUGUCAGCCCCCGAGCUCUUACACCAACCCUCGCACUAACCCUGCCUCCAUGACACAGCUGAGGUCCGCUUCCCCGUGUGACACCCCUUCCCAAUCGUGACAGAGGUGGAGAGCUUCCAGACUCUGUUGGGAGUGGGGCAGGGGCUUCUCAGGACCAGUGGCCUGCUGAGCUAACCACUAACCAUGAAGAUGUCUGCUGCAGAUAUAACACCUUCAUUUCUCUGCUCCAUUCUCACUCCCAAGACCCUUUUAUGAGCUGAAUUUCUGAGUCUUACCAGAGCUGAGGGAUCAGAUUUCUGGAGGAGUGAAGGCUGAAUUCUGGUUAGCGUAGAAGAGAUACACAGCCACAGGAGGAAGACAUCAACUUACACAGAUCAAGAAACAAAGAUUCAAGCAAUGGUGGCUUUGCUACCUUCAGGAGAGGAGGGGAUAGAAUACUUCAAGGAUUCUGGAUCAUCAUAAUUGACCAAAAACAGAAUGGUGACUGGACUGUGUGUGAAGAAAAGACCUCUGGUGGUUCCAGAGCCCAAGAGCUGAGAUUAUCUGAGUCUAGGUUGACAUUGGGGAUUCUAGAACGGGUUGGCUAGAGAGUGGAACUUCUCCAGAAACUACAAAGCUAUGUUUCUAGAAUACACAAAGCAUUUCUAGGUCUCUGAGUUUGAAAGGACUGAGCUGGCAUGCUGAGGCUCCUGAGGCUGGAGAACUCUGGAGUUCUGGCUGUUUAGGAUCCAGCUGAAGGAGUGAGUGUGGCUUCUCCAUGAUCCACAGGGUGAAUGUUGUUGUCUUUGUUUGAAGUGCCAUUCUUAGAACAUCCAAAGGAAUCAGGAUUCUGUGGUUCAAGGUUGAGCAGAAUCCCAGGCAGGGUUCUAGAGGUCUGUGACUUGCUGGUUCCACUUUACCCAGCAGGGCUGAGGAUCUCUAUGACCUUGAGUGACUUCCUGUGGUUCUGUAAUGCCAAAAGAAAUCAAAAUUCCAGGGACCAGAGCUGUCCUUUCCCAAAGCCUAGAAGUCCUAGUCACCUUCAGAUGGACAGCCUGGCAGUUCUAGGAGGCAGAGACUCUUGUGUGGAGCUUGUGAGCAAGAGCCUAGAGGACCACAGGGCUAACUAGUGGGCAAGGGAAGGGAGAGGCUGAGGCCGGCGAGCCUAAGGGCUGGACUGCUGCACCUAGUGAUGUGUGUUUAUUUCUCAUACGAGUAUUAUAUAUGACAUAAAUACAGAUCUCUAUG